AUGAGUAACAUCUCGCAUCACCAGGUUGAGUUGUACGUGGCUCCCGUUGCCACGUCAAACCAACAAUUCUGGAGAAGAGACUCCAAUACGCUUCCGCGCACAGUGCGUGCUAUUGAGCAGUUCUCUUUUGCGGUGAUAGACAUUGCUCGUGGCUCUUUGAGCUACGACUUUGUCGUUGAAGGUACCGCCGAGCAGUUGCAUCUAGCCACCAUGGCCAUGGAUGCGCUGCUCGGCAAACAUAGCUCAGGUGAUUACUAUGCGCUCUUGAGAGUCGAUGGCCCCUGUUUUGAGGAUCGUGCUGUGCAGAUCCGAGGUGUUGUUGGUGCUCUUGCGCCUGAAAAGGGCUCGAGCAACUUGAAAGAUUUGCACAUCAAGGUGGCUCGUGUGUACGCGGGGACAGAAAAGGAACGGCGCCGAUUGGUUUCCACUGUUGAAACUGGUUUUGAUGCGCUGACAGUAGCCAUGGAGGUUGAUCCCCGCCUCCCUUGGUCGUCUCGAAGAAAUCUACGAGGGCAAUGA